AAUAACUAUUUUGCAUAUCAUAUUUGGAUCGGCCAUUUCCUUUUUUAGAAAGUAACAUAUCGUUCCACUACAUUCAUUACUUCUUACCCCUAUUGGUCAUUGUUGUUUAUAUUCAUCCUAUUAUAAUCAUAUCCAUUUUUAUUUCACUUCAUCAUGUCUCACUUCAUGCAAACACCUAAGAGACCAAAUCUCCCUGCUACCCCUAGCACAUAUUGCAAGACAAGUCUUCCACCAUUAUCAUCUAUUUUAAAGAAAGAGGCAAUGGCUACACCAUACAAUGGUGGUAAUAGACUCCCAUCUAUAGAUACAUUUACAACUCCAAUUUCAUCAACAAAGUUCAAUAGUCAAUUUGGACAUUCCACAUAUCAUCCAAUGGGAUCUGCAAAUCUUACAUUAGCUACACCUUCCAAGGUUAGCAGCUCAUCAUCAAAUGCCAAUUUCAGCUUUGCCAAUUCUAGUAUGGACCAUAGUGAAACUGAUAUUACUCCUAUUGAAUCAGCUGCUCAGUCAAAGACCAGUUCUCCAAUUGAAUCCAAAGCAUACGCAUUCAUUAGUCAUUCUCCUGCAACUUUUCCAAAUCAAGAACCAUCCAUUGAUAAUGCACCAUUGGCAAGAAGAAAAAGAAGAAGAACAUCCCCUAAUGAAUUAUCGAUUUUAAACAAGGAGUUUGAAGCUGGCUCUACUCCAAACAAACUCAGACGUAUUGAAAUAUCUAAAAAGGUUAUGAUGACUGAAAAGGCAGUUCAAAUUUGGUUUCAAAAUAAGAGACAAUCUUUAAGAAAGCAUUCAACUUCUGAAAAGGAAGUCACAGAGCUUCCACAAGUCUCAGAACCCAUUUUAACUGCAUCUACCCCAAUCAAGCCUAUCUUGACAAAGUCUCAGUCUUUUGUUAGCCCCCCACCUGUUAUCCAAGCUUCACCAAUUCAAAAGAGAUCCCUCUCUACCAAUUGUCUUCCAAGACUUCCUCCUUCCACUCCACUUUUAAACAAGAUGAUCUUUAGAAGUAGUACCCCAAACAUGGAAAUGGAAAAUCCAAUUGAUCAACAACUUGUUUUAAAUGAAACCAAAAAGAAACAACCAAAUUUCUUGAAUUCAAGAAGCUCAAGUACAAUGACUUUCAAAUUGGCACCAGCAAAGACUAAAUCACCAAAGAGGGAACAAGCAGAAAGAAAGCCAUUAAGUGAACUCAGUGUAAAUGUUCCAAAUAAAGUGAAUGCAAAGCUUGAAAGUGUAAAGAAAACUGGAGAAAACGAAUGUAUCGUUAACUUGUUAUCGUUAAGAGCCGGUAACUGGAAAUAGAUAAGGACAUGUAUAUAGAGAUAGAAUUACGAG